GGGGAUUUGGUCGUACUUCAUUCUGAUCGUGAUGACGUCAUCAGAACAUGCGAUCAGCCUACCGUAUGUGAACGUUUGAACUUCGAAUGUGCGCUGGAAAGCGCAUCAAAGCUCGACAAGUAUACUGAGCAAAAUACAGCUUUCCCUCAAAGUCCUACCGCCAAACACAUCAUCUGCGACUCCAAGUCCAGGAACGCAAGCUGAAUCGCACAGGAAAGAAUCACUACGGACACUAUUCCUCGAGCUUUUUCCUCCUACUAAUUUAUACGAUGCACGCGAGUCUCUAGCCAAUCUCCAGCAAUUGGAUAGGGAGGAAGGCGCGUUGUCAAGCACAGCCGACGAGGAAGAGAUCACUUUAAGAAGAGCGGUGCUUGGAAAGCUCGUAGUUGGUCUAUAUGUCCAGGCACUGAAUACCUUUUUGCAAGAAGCGAGCAGCGCAGAUACAGAGCUGGAAUGGUGGGCGGACAUCAGUCGUUCGCGUUGGCGGGUCGCGUAUCAUCUUCUGCAAAUAACAUGACUCCAUCCUGAAUCUACCUCUGCCGAGGAUCUCGAAGCAGAAGGCUCUACGCCUCGUCUUUUCGAUUAUGCGGAUUACAUACAAAGUUCUUGUUCACUUCCUACCUUCUCGGGCAUUUAUAUCUUUUCCCGGACGUGUGCUCAAUCUAUCACGAACGAUCCUAGUCACAUUACGCAGCCAAAACCUACCAUUCAACCUAUCCGUCCUCACGCCGUCAUCUCUCCGCAGAUUGUUCCCAUCAAGGAACAUCCUCCGCCCCAACACCCUCACAGUCGCACUCUUUCCCUAUCUCCGCCAUGAACCAUAUACAGUCUCACUGAGCAGCGUCCACGUUCCUAUGGCCUCCACUUCUCUAAGGGCAGGUGCAGAAUCAAUGAUUCAUGGGUUCUUUACGACGCUGAGGAAUACAUGGAGGAAGGUUGUAGCUUUGUUGACCUACCCGUUGGAUUUGGUUCGCAAUGAAUGUCGGUACAAGCGAGACGAAUUGGAAAGGGUCAGGAAUGAGAGGGCUGAAGUCCUCGGCGCACUUGCGGACCUUCGAGAACAGCUUAUAUCUGCUCUGGAAGAACCCUCCAAUGAAGAAGGUCUCACCAGACUCGCGUUCUUCGCCACUCAACUACAACUGAUCGUUCGUAGUGAGUUCGUCGCCGCAAAACAACCUCCCGCCCUACCUCUAUCAAGCCAAGAUGUCCUCCAACCUCUCUAUGCAUUCGCAUAUACCACCCUUCCCGCCCACAUAUCCUUCCAUGUCCAACAUCUGAACGCACACGGACUUAUUCGUCCUUCGCGCCUAACGCUCAUUUGGCCAAAACUGGUCUUCUUGCCCCCACUAGCGUUGUAUGCGGUGAGGUCUGCGUAUACCAGUAGGGCGAGUUUAGAAGAGAUGGCUAGGGAGGCUGCGGAGACUGUUAAAGGGUUCUGGGAAGGUUGGUUGUUGGCGCCGUUGAAGGAUAUCGUGAAGACUGUCAGAGCGACGGACGAAGAUGGGGUUAUCGUGACCAGGGAAAGCGUCAAAGCCGAUCUGGAUUCAUUGGAACGGAUGACGUUGGCAUUGGCUCGAGAGAAGCUCCAUUACAACCCGGAACAACUAGCUGCACUGACCAAACAGAUCCGAUUGGGAGACCUGACACCUGUGAUGCAGAUCUACGAGGACGAUAUCAGGAGUCCGUUAAAGUCGGUCGUUGGGGGGACUUUGCUGCGUACCUUAUUUGUUCAAAUUCAAAAGGCCAAGGUGGAUAUCGACCAGGCACUCUCCGGCAUUGACAAGCUUCUAAAAUCCCAAGAACUCACUUUCGCAUUCGUCGGCGUGGCCCCCGCACUGGCUAUUGUCUACAUGUCUGGGAGUUACCUUCAUGCGUUGUACGCUGGAGGUCGGGGAAGUGGUAGGUACGGCGGUAAGAAGAGACGAACCAGAGUUUGGUUGGCGAUGCGGAGCAUAGAGCGUCUGCUCAUCGCAUUGCCAAAAUCCAAACACGAUCAUACUCCCUCUUCCCCCGCCGACCAGCCUCCCUCAUCUUCAAUUCCCCCUCUAACAUCCGGACUCUUGCUGCUCUCCCUCACUUACUUACGAAGCUACGCCACGACUUACCUACCACAAAAUUCAAGGCUGCGUGAAGGAUUCUUGGAUGACGUCUCGGAUCUAGAGAACCCCGCUCUCGGACGAGGAGAGAAGAUGCGCAUCGUAGACAGGAUGUGGAAGAGUUGGGGUGAUGUGCUCGGUUGGAGGCGUAUCGCUGCGAGUGAAAGCUUGGUGUAGCGUAGACUACGGUAUAGAAUGGUCUCCGUCCUUGGAUAACGAGUCAGGAUAUGACCCGCCUCCAUUCUAUUGUCGUUCAUUUUUGGUGAAAACUGCUCUGCAUAGGAAGCCUCAAAGAACGGGUGGCUGUGAAGCGCUUUCAAAACUGUAACUGCCAAAACGGGGAUGGAUAGGGAUGGAUCCGAGUUUUAAGCGCCUUGGUACUUGAACGAACGAGUAGUUGCGAUACCUAUUCUGACGAUGCUAUCGACACAGAAAAUGGAGAGACGUGUAUCACAUUCUUUUAAAGCUCCAAACCUGAGAAAGAAGAAACGAAAAGCCUCAAG